GGCUGGGACCUGUGGGCUUUCAAGUGAGUCGUGUGCUGUGUUCGUCCUCUCCGAUUCGCCGUUGAAAUUGUUUCUAACCCGAUACUUCCCUCCCUAGAGUCGUAACUAAGGCCUACACCGCGCUGUUCGACCUGCCGCUUUACAGCUUGAUACCCUUCAUCACGGAGCGUCUGAUGCUCGAGACGGACUUCGAAAACGAGGCCAGAAACUCGGAGCUGAUGCGCCAGCUGGUCAGCGAGGAGCCAAGCCUACGUGGGCGGGUCUAUAUCCCCUCGGUUUAUCCCGAACUAUCGUCUAAGAGGGUGCUUACGGCGGAGUGGAUCGAGGGCGUGCGACUCUGGGACCGGGAAGCAAUGACAGCACCGUGGCUAGGUGGAUACGGAGCCGGUUCUCCAGGCAUCCGCCAAACACCCCUCAGCUCACCGGAUAUGGACGCCCUGCGGAGAGAACUACGCGAGAAUCCCAACACCGACAAGCUGAAGCCGGAACGUACUGAGUGGAGGGGAUCGCGAGGGAAGGGAGGCUUGGGCGUGUCGACUAAAGAUGUCAUGACGACCAUGGUCGACUUGUUCUCGGCUCAGAUCUUCAAAUGGGGUGUGGUGCACUGCGACCCGCACCCCGGCAACAUCUUCAUCCGCCGGCUGCCCAGCGGUCGCGCCGAGCUCGUUCUGAUCGACCACGGCCUCUACGUGUACAUGACGCCCAAGUUCCGGCACGAAUAUAGCGUAUUCUGGAAGGCGCUGAUGACCUUCGACAACAAGACCAUCUCCAAGAUAACCCAGGAAUGGGGGAUGAAGGCGGCAGACCUGUUCGCGUCGGCAACGUUGAUGCGUCCUUACGAAGGUGGCCAGUUUAGCAAGGACAUGCUGGCCGACUUGGACGGCAUGACUCCGAGUGAACGCCACUACGAGAUGCAGCAGCGCAUGAAGCAGGGCAUCCGCGACAUGCUCAGCGACGAGGACAAGCUGCCCAAGGAGCUGAUCUUCAUCGGGCGCAACAUGCGCAUCGUCCAGGCUGACAACCAGUACAUGGGCUCGCCGGUCAACCGGGUCAAGAUGAUGGGCGAGUGGGCCAGCCGAAGCCUCUUCCAGGAUCCAAACCUCCCGUGGCCUGAGCGGGCGAGUAACGCGUGGCGGCACGUGCUGUUCAAGACGGUGAUGGUGGCGUCUGAUAUCCUGUUCUACUUCUUCAAGGUCCGCCAGAUCCUGGGCUUCGGCGGGGGUAUGGAGGAUGAGAUGGAGGCCAGGAUGAAGGAUAUGGCCAAGGAAUUUGGGGUGGAGCUGCAGCACGAAGUCUUCGAGGGCUGAAUCACAUCUCUGUAAAAAACUAAGCUGGGCGGUCUAGGGUCAUAGAGCUUAUCUUGGUCAUGUAUGUACAAUAUCAUGGUUUGCACAGGUCCAUAGGAUAGAGGGAUGGAUGCCAUAGAGAGGUAGACGGGGAGUUUGGCCAGUGGGUUUGGCCUGUCGAUGAGGGUUGGGAUACUCCAUACUCGCUCUACACUGUAUGUGUACUUCAUAAUCCCCCUUGAAAUACCUACCUCAGAUAAUCAAGUCUUAAAGUUCUGAAUAUGUGAAGGAGGCAAGAGACGGG